GUGUGCCCAGGGCAGGGACUCAGGGACAGCGACCCAACUGGAGCAAAGAAGUCCUUGGCCUUGAAAUAACUGAACAGUUCUCAGAAUUAUUUCUAACUGCCGUCAGAAGUUAUUUCCUUGGCUUCUCUCGAUGAGGAUUCCUGACUUGUGGCCCUGGCAAUCUUGGGGAAACAUCAUCCAAUUUCUUCAAUCCAGACCCCGGGGGCCCCCUUCUCCCCAGCAUCACCCCCACGGGACCUGGACACGUUGACUGAGGCAUUUUUUAGGACCAUUUAAUCAACAAGACAUGGUGGCAAAUCCUGGCUCCACGUCUCCAUGAUUGAAAAACUGUUUUGCACAACACAAAGCACUCCCAAAGAGUGAAUGACGUGUGCAGCUCGGGGUGCCGUUUCUGAAGGGAGGAGCCUUUCUCUUGGAGAGGAGUCCUCGAUGAGCCUGGCCGAGGCCCGGGAUCUGUGUGAAGUGGACUAAGGAUUAAGUAGGAUGUCAACUGAGACAGAACUUCAAGUAGCUGUGAAAACCAGCGCCAAGAAAGACUCCAGAAAGAAAGGUCAGGAUCGCAGUGAAGCCACUUUGAUAAAGAGGUUUAAAGGUGAAGGGGUCCGGUACAAAGCCAAACUGAUCGGGAUUGAUGAAGUUUCCGCAGCUCGGGGAGACAAGUUAUGUCAAGACUCCAUGAUGAAACUCAAGGGCGUUGUUGCUGGCGCUCGUUCCAAAGGAGAACACAAACAGAAAAUCUUUUUAACCAUCUCCUUUGGAGGAAUCAAAAUCUUUGAUGAGAAGACAGGGGCCCUUCAGCACCAUCAUGCUGUCCAUGAAAUUUCCUACAUUGCAAAGGACAUCACAGACCACCGGGCCUUUGGAUACGUUUGUGGGAAGGAAGGGAAUCACAGAUUUGUGGCCAUCAAAACAGCCCAAGCGGCUGAACCUGUUAUUCUGGACUUGCGAGAUCUCUUUCAACUCAUUUACGAAUUGAAGCAAAGAGAAGAAUUGGAAAAAAAGGCACAAAAGGAUAAGCAGUGUGAGCAAGCCGUGUACCAGGUUCCCACCAGCCAAAAGAAGGAAGGUGUUUAUGAUGUGCCAAAAAGUCAACCUGUAAGUAACAGCCACCCAUUCGAGGAUUUUGAAGAACGGUUUGCGGCAGCCUCGCCGAACGGAAACCCGUCGGUGGACUUGGAUGAGGUUUUUGAGGUGACCAAGGCUGUGACCCAAUUAGAACUUUUUGGGGACAUGUCCACCCCUCCUGAUAUAACCUCUCCCCCCACUCCUGCAACUCCAGGUGAUGCCUUCAUCCCGCCUUCAUCCCAGACACUUCCGGCCAGUGCAGACGUGUUUGGCUCUGUACCUUUCGGCACUGCUGCUGUACCCUCAGGUUACGUUGCGAUGGGCGCCGUCCUCCCAUCCUUUUGGGGCCAGCAGCCCCUCGUCCAACAGCAGAUCGCCAUGGGUGCUCAGCCACCAGUCGCUCAGGUGAUGCCGGGGGCUCAGCCCAUCGCAUGGGGCCAGCCGGGUCUCUUUCCUGCCACUCAGCAGCCCUGGCCAGCUGUGGCUGGGCAGUUUCCGCCAGCCGCCUUCAUGCCCACACAAACUGUUAUGCCUUUGCCAGCUGCCAUGUUCCAGGGUCCCCUCACCCCCCUCGCAACCGUCCCAGGCACGAGUGACUCCACCAGGUCAAGUCCGCAGACCGACAAGCCCAGGCAGAAAAUGGGGAAAGAAAUGUUUAAGGAUUUCCAGAUGGUCCAGCCUCCACCCGUGCCCUCCCGCAAACCCGACCAGCCCUCCCUCACCUGUACCUCAGAGGCCUUCUCCAGUUACUUCAACAAAGUCGGGGUGGCACAGGAUGCGGACGACUGUGAUGACUUUGACAUCUCCCAGUUGAACUUGACCCCUGUGACUUCGACCACACCAUCGACCAACUCACCUCCAACCCCAGCCCCUAGGCAGAGCUCUCCAUCCAAAUCAUCUGCAUCCCACGCCAGCGAUCCGACCACAGAUGAUAUCUUUGAAGAGGGCUUUGAAAGUCCCAGCAAAAGUGAAGAGCAAGAAGCUCCUGAUGGAUCACAGGCCUCCUCCACCAGUGAUCCAUUUGGUGAAGCCAGUGGUGAGCCCCGUGGUGAUAAUAUAAGUCCACAGGCCGGUAGCUAGAUAGCGCAGGUCUGGGAGCCAGAGCCUCUCUAUGCGCAGAUCAACCGACCUAAGACGUAGCAUCGAUGUGAGCUCGUGGUGGGUACUUCAAGACUGGCACAGGAAUCAGCAUGGCGACAGGCUCUCUUGUAUUCUUUCACCUCACCUCAUCUCACAAAGAAAUUCACUACUGCCCGAUGGAACUCCUUCUGAAGAGGGAACUAAGCAUUUUCGGCAACCAAUGGCAGAUAUCUAUGGCAGCACAAAAAAAAAAAAAAAAAAUCACAGAAGUAUAUAUAUAUACAUAUAUAUAUAAAACACCCAACAUUAAGUCACAAAUCAAGCAAAUACUUACCCAACAAAUAUUCUGAGCUCUCUUAGCUGGGUUUAAAAUGACCUGGGAUAUAAAAUCAUAAUUCUGCUUUUAUUUCUCUACCUGUUGACCACUGUAGAGACAGCAAAUUUGGAGUGACAGGCAUCAAAGAAUUGCAACAAGGUUGGCACUGACUUCUUUUAGGUGAAAUCAAGGGGUCCUCUGUGACCAUAAUAUCAUCAUCAUGCAUAUGCCUUCUGGCAUAUGAGUGUUUCCAACGCUCCACAGGGCUUGGUCUGCCAUCCCCCACCCCACCUUUCCUUUCUUUGUCAUGUUUGAAAAUUAAUGGGUGUAUAAAUUUUUGUAUUGCUUUUGACUUUUUUUUAGAUAUGGGUGAAGAAAUCUAACUGGGAAAAAAAAGCCUCUUAUUAUGAAGUAAUUAACUUGAAAUCACAAGACAAAUAAGUGAUUGAUUAUUUGUUAUGAUCAAGAAUGUUGCCAAAAUGACCCUUUAGUUAUUCUACAACCUGGUGAAGAAGGACAGUUUCGGUUUGAAUCUUCAUUCUGUGCGUAGGAAAGGACAUCAAAUCUCAUUGAUGAGAAAGAUGGAAAAUGCGUCUGGUUUCCUAAGAAGUUCUAAACUCUGAGUACAAAAAAAUGAUAUUUUUAUUUUUCCGAUACUUUGCUGCUGAGAUACUAUGCAGACAAGUGUCUUCUCCACGUGCCAUUUUCAAAGAAAAGUCAUUUGCCAAAUAAUUCUGGUACAAUCCUGGUAAUGUGGUUUGGGAUCUUAAACACUGACUUUCUGAUGGAACAAUGAUGACAUAAACCUUCAACAGAACAAACUGAUUCCGUGGUCAAAAUGGUUCAUCUCUCUUUUUGUACAUCCGAAAAUUCAAAUGGGAUUUUUAUUUUGUAACUUGAAAAAAAAAAAAAACCUUACCAUUAAACUCUUUAAAUAUU